AAGAGGAGAAGAAACGAAAAGAAGAAGAGAAGGAAAAUGACAAAAAGAAAAAAGAAGAUGAGGAACGGCGGAAAAAAGAACGACUCUCUCAAGUGUUUACAAAUUUUUUCACUCAAAAGAAAACAACCCCGGCCAAGAGUGAUGACCAACCUUCAUGUCACAAUUCAUUAACCUGUAUCUUAGCGUUCCCACCUUUCCAGAUCAAAGAAAACAUGAAAUUAGCCCCUACUGUUCGAACGGAAUUUGAUACUCCCAGAAAGGAAAAUUUGGAGCAAAUCCUGCAAAAGUCGAAACCUACAACUGAAUUAAAUCCUCGUCAGUACAGAGAAAACAAAGGAAGAAGUUGUGGUGCUACUUGGCCGCUUGAUAAGGAUAAUGAUGUGGAAGUGAUUGGCGAGGACGAAGUGGAAGCCCCCAUCAACAACGAAGGCAUUGUAACGAUCGUCCAUGCUGUCUCUCGAAGAAUGCGGCCCAAGUUAUUGAAGUUUUGUGAAAAUCGUCGUCCUGCUUAUUGGGGAACCUGGAGAAAAUCUAGUAAUUCAGUGGGCCCAAGACGUCCUUUCGGCAAAGAGAUCAUAUUCGAUUACGAUGUCGAUUCUGAUGAUGAAUGGGAGGAGGAAGUUGAACCGGGCGAAUCUUUGACCGAUUCGGAAGGUGAAGGCGAAGAAAAAGAGCCAGCCGAUGAUUAUGAUGUAGACAAUGAAUUCCUUGUACCCCAUGGAUACUUGAGCGACGAAGAAGGAGAUAAGGAUGAAGACGAGAGAGCUCUAUCCCCGUCUGCAGCCAAAAUGAAACUCAAGUUAAAGGAAGAGCAAUUUGAGAGAGAGUUGAAGGAGAAGACGUGUCACAUCAAACCCAGCUUGAUCGGUUGUUGCUGGGAUGACCUGAACAAUGAACCGCAGCAUCUAAAAGUUCUUCAGCGCUACACAACUGUAGUAUUAUGUGAUUCACUUCCCAUCAAACUUGUUUCCAGUGAAUUGAACUGCGAAAAUGGAGAAUCACCAAUGGCCGAUGACGUUGCCCGAAGUGAGAAUAAAGCAUCUAAGCGGCGUGUCAGUGACAAUGAUAUCCCAGCCCUUAUUCGAGUCCUUCAUGGAAGCUCUUACAGCAAACUCACGAUUGUUAAAGAGUUUCAGUUGCAUUUGGAACGCAAUAGAGCCGAAGAAAACAAGAGUGGUCCUUCCAAAACACAAAUAUUAGCCAAAAUUACUGAAAUUGCGUCAUGGAGCAAAUGUACAGAAGUCGGAGCAAUGAAUGGAAGAACGUGUUGGCUCGUGCAAUCAGAUGUUCUUGAUCGUUACAAUCUCACUGAAUUAUCUGUCAUUAAUACUUGGGAAUUCGCUACCGAGACGAAAAAGCGAGGACGCAAGGCCGACGAUUCUAGAACUGAGGAGGACACCCCACCAGCAAAGACCCCGCGCGUGUCGCUCAUAAAGAAAUUUGUUCAGCCAGCUAGUUUAUCAGCAAACAGAGUUCCUUCAUCGCAGGAGAACGAGCUUCCAGAAUCGGAGAAAAAUUCAAAUGAGCCAGCUAAGCAACCAAUUUUCUCAACUCCUAAAGCAAAAAAACGCAUCUCGUUGAUUAGUCUUCCAACAUCUGCAACCAAGAAACCCAAGAGUGAUACUAAAACAACUCCAUUAACCAAUUUCUUAAAGAAAAUGAGUGCAAAGGAGGCAUUGUCAAAAUCAUCAGAGAAUAUAGACGACGACGCAGUGGAAAUGGAUGGGGUCAAAUGUUUUACUGUUGAGUGAUUUGUGUCGUUCCUUUUAAGUAAUUUUAUGUUUAGAAUACGGUUUUAUUUCCCUGCAAAAUCUAUAUGUUUAAAUGUGGGAAGUAUCUUUUUUUCUGAAACAACGUUGGAUACACAGAAAUUUCUACUACGAGAUGAAAA